CAUCCGGGUGGUGAGGAGGUCCUCAGGGAGCAAGCAGGAGGAGAUGCUACUGAGAACUUUGAAGAUGUUGGCCAUUCCACAGAUGCAAGAACACUGUCAGAAAGCUUUAUUGUUGGGGAGCUUCAUCCGGAUGAUAGAGGGAAGCUUCAGAAACCAACAGAAACUCUUAUAACCACUACUCAGUCUAAUUCCAGUUCGUGGUCCAACUGGGUGAUCCCAGCAAUAGCAGCAAUUAUUGUGGCCCUGAUGUAUCGUUCCUACAUGUCAGAGUAAGCGCCUUACCCAGAGCUAGAGCAAGAAGAGACUGAGCUGGGAGAGAAUGUAAACAAUCCUAACCCAAUACGUUUCUGGACAAAAGCCUGGUGUUGGAAGAAAAAUUCAACUUUUUCAGAAAACUGAAAAAUUCUUUUCUGCUGUGCACUUUCCUUAAUGUUGCCUUCUUCUUGGCUGUUCUGCAGUGAUAAAAAGGCAGCAUUUCUCUUUUUGUAUAACAAUUUUACUCUCUAAUGAUUUGAUAACUGUAUUGGUUUCUGUGUUAGAAUAUUGUCUUGUGUGUAACACUGAUUCUGGUUAUUUCUCUUUGCUCUGUAAUAGGGUC